UUUAUUUCUUUCAGCUUAGACAGAAGGUCUAAAAUUGCAAAACUGUCUACGCUACGUUGAACUGAAACCACAAAUUCUUGUGUAAACAGUUAACUGAUAAAAUUUUUUUAGCAAGAGGAUGCUUCUCACUCUCGAGUGCCUGCAAGAUAAGAGUUCUUGUGCUUUCCAACCCCUUCUAAUCACAACCUUUAAAAUGUUGUGGAGCACAUCUUGACAUGAUCAUUUCUCAUCUGUCUUUCUCACAAGCCAGUGAGCGGAGGGCCUUAAGAUUUAGUACUGCUGAUAAACAAGGAAACACCUGACUGCACUACAGAAACACCAGAGAGAAGAUGGACGGGUCAGUCGGGCCGAUGCGAGUGUUGGUGACGGGCGGCAGUGGGCUGGUGGGGCGAGCGAUAGAACGGGUGGUGAAAGAGGGUGGAGGGAGAGAAGGAGAAAAAUGGAUAUUCCUGUCAUCCAAAGAAGCCAAUCUUGUGAGCGCUGAAGAGACGAGAGCAGCCUUCGAGAAACAUCGUCCGACGCACGUCAUUCAUUUAGCCGCAAUGGUGGGCGGACUCUAUAGAAACAUGAGACAGAACCUGGACUUCUGGAGGAAUAAUGUGCACAUCAAUGACAAUGUGCUGAACAUGUCUCAUGAGUUCGGCGUGGUGAAGGUCGUUUCCUGUCUGUCUACGUGUGUUUUUCCAGAUAAAACCACCUAUCCUAUAGAUGAGACCAUGAUGCACAACGGUGCUCCCCAUGACUCUAAUUACGGUUAUGCUUACGCCAAACGCAUGAUUGACGUCCACAACAGGGCGUUAUUUCAGCAGUACGGUCGGAAAUACACAGCCGUCAUCCCCACCAACAUGUUUGGAGCCCAUGAUAACUACAACAUUGAGGACGGUCACGUGAUGCCGGGGUUGAUCCACAAGACGUACCUGGCCAAGAAGGAAGGUAAACCUCUGCAUGUCUGGGGCUCGGGUCGCGCUCUGCGGCAGUUCAUCUAUUCUCUGGAUCUGGCUCGUCUGUUUCUGUGGGUUCUGAGGGAGUACGACGAGGUGGAGCCCAUCAUUCUGUCAGUCGGGGAGGAGGAUGAGUUGACUGUAAAGGAUGCUGUGGACGCUGUGGUUGAAGGAUUCGGGUUCAAAGGGGAAGUGAUUUAUGACACUAGUAAAUCAGACGGUCAGAUCAAGAAAACCGCCAGUAACGCCAAACUACGCAAAUACCUGCCAGACUUCAAGUUCACGCCGUUCAAACAAGCCGUCAAGGAGACGUGUGAUUGGUUUGCGGCCAAUUAUGACACCGCCCGUAAAUGAAGAUCUUCUCAUCUGAUUGGCUGUGGAGAGCUUGAACAACCGAAGCCAUAGUGAUCGAACACUUUCAACAAAUUUUUUUUUUUUUUUUUUUUUUUUUUUUUAGAUGAAAACAUUUUUUUUUUAAACAUAAAAUGUUUAAAAUCAUUUUUUAAAAGUCUAAAUCAUUCGUUUUUAGCUCUCUUUUCGUGUUCAUUUCUAUUCUGUGACCAGUGCUGUACAUUUUCGUUGAUUACUGGUCAUGUCACAUUUGUUUAUAAAGCCCUUUAUACAACACAGGUAAUGUCAAUGAAGCUUCACAGUGUUAAACAGGAAAAUAAUGUUUCAAUAAUGCAAACAAAAUUCAAUUCUACUGGUCCGUCACUAAGGAAACUAUGUUCUGGGUUUAUUUCCUAUACUGUAUAUUUAAAAAAUAAAUUAGUAUUUUGAAUAAUG